AUUAAAAAUCAAUAAUCAUGGUGUCAAAGAAUGAUACACGUAAUGGUCACGAAUUAGCACCAUUAAAUUCACGUGGUACACCGUUACAACAGAAUAGUGUGACACGUCAACAAUCUGGUGGUGGAGGCGGUGGCGGUGGUGGUGCUAGUGAUGGGAAUCAUCAAAAAGGCGUAACAAUUGUGUUAUCUGGUACUGGUCGCGGUUCAAUUAUUUCACGGACAAGUGCUAAUGGUCCGGCUGGGGGGAGUGUUGGUGCUGUGGAUGGUGAUGUAGAAGGUGGUGAUCGUGCUGCAUGGAGUGGUAAAAUGCAAUUUUUUCUCAGUAUUAUUGGAUAUUCUGUUGGUUUGGGUAAUAUAUGGAGAUUUCCAUAUUUAUGUCAACAAAAUGGUGGUGGUGCAUUUUUAAUACCAUUUGCAAUUAUGUUAAUAUUUGAAGGCAUACCAUUAUUCUUAAUUGAAUUAGGUAUUGGCCAACGUAUGCGUCUGGGCUCAUUGGGUGUAUGGAAUACAAUUCAUCCAUGGCUGGGUGGUAUAGGAAUUGCGUCAUGUAUCGUUACAUUCUUCGUAGCAUUAUAUUAUAAUGUAAUUAUUACAUGGUGUUUUUAUUACCUAUUUAAUAGUUUUCGAAAUCCCUUACCAUGGUCCUAUUGUCCGGUGGAUUCAAAUGGUACAGCAUUACGUGAAUGCGAAAUUUCAUCGGAAACUGAAUAUUUUUGGUAUCGAACUACAUUAGAUGCAGCACCAUCAAUGGAUGAACCUGGCGGUAUGAAAUGGUGGAUUGUUUUAUGUCUUCUAUUAUCUUGGAUUGUUAUAUUUUUUAUUGUUAUGAAAGGAAUUCAAAGUAGUGGAAAAGUAGUUUAUUUCACAUCAAUGUUCCCAUAUUUGGUUUUAACAAUAUUUUUCAUUCGGGGGAUAACGUUAAAAGGUGCUAGUGCUGGAUUAAUGCAUAUGUAUACGCCAAAGGUGGAAAAGCUACUAGAUCCAACAGUAUGGUUAGAUGCAGCGACACAAGUAUUUUAUUCAUUUGGCUUAGCGUUUGGAUCAUUAAUUGCAUUUGGUAGUUAUAAUCCACCAAAAAACAAUUGUGUUCGCGAUGUAAUAUUAGUGUCCGUAUGUAAUGCGUUGACUGCAAUUUAUGCAAGUGUUGUUAUAUUUGCAAUUUUAGGUUUUAAGGCGAUGUCGAAUGUUGAUAAAUGUAUUGACAAUAAUAAAGUAAUAUUAUUUAAAAAUCAUAUGAUUCCAAAAAUAAAUGUGACUGAGGAGGUUUAUGAAAAUAUAAUGGAUCAAUUUAAUUCCACGGGUCUUGAAGAGCUAGGACUCGAAGUAUGCUCAUUGUCUCAACAAUUGGAUACUGCAGCAGAAGGAACUGGUUUAGCAUUUAUUGUAUUUACACAAGCUAUUGUUGAACUUCCUGGUGCCCCGUUUUGGGCUGUAUUAUUCUUUACAAUGUUAUUAUCAUUAGGUUUGGGAUCACAAAUUGGUAUAUUAGAAGGAAUGCUGUGUACUAUUUUUGAUAUUGAAAUAUUUAAGCGUAUUCGUAAGCAAUAUGUUACAGGUGUUGUUUGUUUAAUUUGUUUCUUUAUUGGUUUAAUGUUUACAACUGGUGCUGGUGAAUACUGGUUAAAAAUGUUCGAUUCAUUUGCUGGUACAAUUGGAUUGGUUGUUGUAGCGUUAUUAGAAAUGUUGGUCGUUGUUUUUGUUUAUGGUCACGAAAAGUUUACAUCGGAUAUUGAAGAAAUGACCGGAUAUAGACCAGGAAUAUAUUGGCAAGUUACAUGGCGAUUUUUAUCACCAUUAAUUAUGACCAUCAUAUUGAUAUCUUCUGUUGUGUUUAUGGUACGAAAUAAUCCUACAUACCAAGCCUGGAGUGCCGAUAAGGGUGAAACUAUGACGUUACCAUAUCCUGGUUGGGUUAUGUCCAUUGCAUUAUGUAUGAUAUUGGCUGGUAUUGCACCAAUUCCAUUAGUAUUUAUCCUACGACGAUUCCAAUUCUUGAAAUUGGAUUUAAAUAUUCAUCAAGGCUCAAUUCGACGAAUUGACACAACUGUUUCUACAAAGGAAAUGAUGGCCGAUCAAGAUUUUUCGGAUGAAGAUGAAGCAGAUGGUUUACAUGAAUAUCACGAUGACGUUACGUCUGAUGAUGAUGACGACGCCCCUCCAAGCAUGAUAACAUUAAAUAGAUCACGUCAAACACCUAAUACCUUAGCUAUACCCAGUCAACGAUUACGUUCAACAUCUAGUGGUAAUAGUCGCCAUUUUAAAAUGGAGGUUAUGGAUGACUUUUAGUUGUAAUCAAGUUUUUAGUUCCUUUCUUUAA